AUGGUGUCUCUGGGUUUGACUCAGCAAUUCCAAAUGCGAAUCAACAAUAACUGUACUGUUGAUUUUCCGACGAAGGCUCGACCACGGCUUUGCCAUUUUGGCAAAAACAGUGUCCGAUUCAGAGUGUUGGCUUCGGAAAGCCAGGCACCAGAGCCCGAUCUCAGUGUCACUGUAAACGGGCUGAAAAUGCCCAACCCCUUUGUCAUCGGAUCGGGUCCUCCCGGCACCAACUACACCGUUAUGAAGAGGGCCUUCGAUGAAGGCUGGGGCGCUGUCAUCGCCAAAACGGUUUCCUUGGAUGCUUCAAAAGUUGUGAAUGUCACUCCCCGAUAUGCCAAACUUCGAGCAGGAUCAAAUGGCUCUGCAAGAGGACAAAUUAUUGGGUGGGAAAAUAUUGAACUUAUAAGUGAUCGACCAUUGGAAACAAUGUUGAAAGAGUUUAAACAAUUGAAAGAAGAAUAUCCAGAUAGGAUACUUAUUGCUUCAAUCAUGGAAGAGUAUAACAAAGCUGCCUGGGAGGAACUUAUUUACCGGGUGGAGGAGACUGGAAUAGAUGCCAUUGAAAUCAAUUUUUCAUGUCCUCAUGGUAUGCCAGAACGUAAGAUGGGUGCUGCUGUUGGACAAGAUUGUGAACUGUUGGAGGAGGUAUGUGGAUGGAUUAAUGCCAUUGCUACUGUCCCUGUUUGGGCAAAGAUGACACCAAACGUUACUGACAUUACAAAGCCAGCUAGGGUGUCUCUUAAAUCAGGAUGUGAGGGGGUGGCUGCCAUAAAUACAAUCAUGAGUGUCAUGGGAAUUAAUCUGAAUACUUUACGUCCUGAGCCUUGUGUUGAAGGAUAUUCAACUCCUGGAGGCUAUUCUUCAAAGGCAGUGCAUCCAAUUGCUCUUGCAAAAGUGAUGAACAUUGCACAGAUGAUGAAAUCUGAAUUUGGGGAUCAAGGCUAUUCCCUCUCUGGUAUUGGAGGAGUUGAAACAGGUGGCGAUGCUGCUGAGUUUAUACUUCUUGGAGCAGAUACUGUGCAGGUUUGCACAGGCGUCAUGAUGCAUGGAUACGGACUAGUUAAGAAGCUAUGUUCUGAGCUCAGAGAUUUCAUGAAAAAGCAUAAUUUUUCAUCGAUAGAAGAGUUUAAAGGAGUUUCACUUCCAUACUUCACAACUCAUAUGGAUUUGGUCAAAAGACAACAAGAAGCAAUACGUGAAAGGAAAGCUAUUAAGAAAGGAUUGCAGUCUGACAAAGACUGGACAGGAGAUGGUUUUGUUCAAGAAACUGAGAGCAUGGUUUCCAACUGAUUAAUGUGUCAAUCCACAUGUAUUCUAAAAAUAAAACAACCUCCUAUGUACCUGAUUAGGGUGAGGUAUAUGGGCUCCAUUUCUUUUCUGUGGUUGGUAUGACUGUUUAUUUAUUUCUAAUGUAAUUUAUGAUGAAAAUAAAUCAGUUUGAGGUUUUUCUGCACAAACAAAUAAUGAAAGACAAGGAUUGGUUAGUUAAUUAAGGGUAUUCCUGUAAUUUUA